UAUCUUUGCCAUCGCACCUCGAUUGGAAGCUUCAAACCGAGUUCUAAGCUUUCCUAGUCAUCUAUAAAACAAGAUCUGCUUAUUCAUCCUUUUCUCUUAUUCAUUUUCGCUUCAACUUCACUAUUACAAAACUCUACAGGUGAAUCCUUGUUCUGUUUACCCCUUUUUCAUUUUUUCCCUUUUUUUCUCCCUCGCUUUAGAAUCAAAAUGACUAUGCUAUAUAGGUUCCUUUACCUCUCUUCUACGAAAACUUUUCUGCUUUUAUUAGCUAUGCAAAAAAACUCCUUUUCAGGAAAACAAUAAAGAUGCAACAAAUAGGCCGAGCAGUACGAUCUUGCCAGGAAAUAGUGAAAGCUAAAAUUUUACAGCACUCUCAUGGGGGAGUAACAGCAAAAAUGGAGAAGCUUUUCUCCCGUUUUGGAGGAAUCACUGCCUCUUCAUCGUUGCCUCUGAAAGGAUUAGAGAACGUAACAGUAGCAGAGGUACUCAUGACAAAGGGACGUGAACGUACCGGUUCUUGGCUAUGGUGCCUAUCUGAUGACCCCGUUGUCGAUGCUAUGAAAAAUAUGGCUCAAAACAACAUCGGGGCAUUAGUGGUAUUGAGGCCAGGGGAGAACCAAAAGCAUAUUGAAGGAAUCAUUACAGAGAGAGACUAUAUACAGAAAAUAAUCGCUCAGGGAAGAUCUCCAAUUUAUACAAAAGUAGGAGAAAUAAUGACCGGAGAGAACAAGUUAAUAACAGUGACAUCUCAUACAAAUAUACUUGAAGCAAUGCAGCUGAUGACAGAAAAAGGAAUUAGACAUGUCCCUGUUAUAGAUGGGACGCUAGUAGGAAUGAUCUCGAUCAAAGAUGUUGUGCGUGCCGUGGUGGGACAGCAAAGCGGGGAAUUGCGGCGACUGAACGACUUUAUUAAGGGAGACUACUACUAAAAUCUAAUUAGGAUUUUUUUUUUAAUACAAAAUAAAUGUAAUGUUAAACGUCAUAUUGUAGGACACCAUGACUUCAAA